AUGGGGCCCGAGAAGGGUGGAGCGAAGGUUAUUGGCGGCGGGGGAGGCGGCGGCGGGAUCUUCAACCUAUUUGAUUGGAAGCGAAAGUCACGCAAGAAGCUGUUCUCCAACUCGCCCGAGGGGUCCAAGCUUGUCAAGAGGACCGAUGAAACCUUGCUGUCAGGGCGUCUCCACUUGGGUGAUGAAGAUGAGGGGAUUGGUGUAUCAAGCUUCAAGGGGAGCAGCGACUACAGCUGUGCGUCUUCAGUGACCGAUGAGGAAGGGCGUGAGAUGAAGGCGCCAGGUGUGGUGGCCAGGCUCAUGGGCUUGGACGCCAUGCCCACCUCGGGUGUUCCAGAGCCGUACUGCACACCGUUCCGAGACACAAGAUCGUUCAGGGACAGCCACAGCCUCAAGAGGAGCCCUGAGUACUCAAUGAAUGACCAGUUCGGUCAUGUUCCUCGAAGAGUUGAUGGCUAUAUCAGGAAGCCAUUGGAUCUCAGAGCACCGAAGAUGCCAAGUAGCCCGAUUGAAAGGUUCCAGAUGGAAGCAUUGCCACCAAGGUCCGCAAAGCACCUACCGAUGUCUCACCAUAGAUUGUUGUCCCCCAUCAAGAAUCCAGGUUUCAGUUCAGCGAGGAAUGCUGCCCAGAUCAUGGAGGAAGCAGCCAAGAUUCUUCAGCCAAGGGCACAAGCCAUCUCUAGGGAGAAAAUCUGCUCUUUUAGCCCGGCACGAAUUCCUUUGAGAGUUUCGGAGCCAAGAGAGAGCAUCCCUCCUUCUCAGAGGACUGUGCCUCUGAAGCCACAAUCAUCCAGGACCGCUCCUGAGCUACCAGAUGUGAGGUUCUCCAGAGCACAGCAGAUGAACCGAAGCUGGAAUAGCGAGGAAGAUAUUGUCAUAUUCAGAUCUUCGAUUGAUUCUUAUGAGAUUAAUAAUCCUAGUUGUUUGAAUUCGAAGAACAACAAGGGAAAGUCUAUUUCUUUGGCAGUCCAAGCAAAGAACAAUGUCCAGAAGAGGGAAGGCGUAACUGGUUCUGGGAGGAAUUCAGGAUUACAGAAGGAGCAUGAUGAGCAAAGAGCAAACCAACCAUGUAGGAGUCAGUCUAAUCUCCAGAGAAACAAGCAGCAAAAGAAGCCAUCAUCAUCUGGCACUUCUUCCCCUGUCCUUCGGCAAAAUAAUCAGAAACAGAAUUCUUUGGUAACCAGAGGUAAGGUGGCACCAAACAAAACUGUCUCAACACAGCAAGGCAGAAAGCUGAUGGCAGGAGAUUCCUCUUCUGGGAAGAUCAAGAGUGGAAGCAAGAUAUCUAAAGUUGGUGGCAGAAAAGACAUCGUGGAAAGCAUAAGUGGUGAUAGAGAAGGAUCGUCGUCAAACAACAAGGACUUCCCACAGAAGAAACGGUUGAUAGAGAGGAACUCCACCAACGAGAAGGGUACAUUUGUGCCUGAAAAACCAGUGGGUAAACUUAAGAAGCAGGUUCAACCUAAUGUUGUUAUGGAUGAGCACAUUAAGUGGAACAAGGAAAGUAAAGACACUACAGAUGUUGUGUCAUUUACCUUCACCUCACCCUUGGUCAAACCAGUGGCAGGACCGUCCAGACUGGCGGGUAAGUGGGAUACAAGAAGCAAUCUUGAUAUGGAUGCAGGAUGUGAUAAAGAUGACUCAGAUAACAAGGCCGAAGGGCUGUCAUCAGUGGGUCUGAACUUUGUAAAUGGUGAUGCAUUGAGCCUUCUCCUAGAAAAGAAGCUGAAGGAGCUAACAUUAAAAAUUGAUCCAUCAAUCACCUUUACGAGGGGUGACACAUUUGUGCCUGCUACUUUUACCUUGGAGGAACCAUCAACUUCUUCAUACAGCAAUUGGGGCUCGGAAAGUGGAGUAUUUGACGGUAGCCCUUCUGAAGUGAAACCUUCUCAAUAUGAUUAUUGCCCUUCAGCCCAGUCAUCUACAAAAGGUCAAAUUUUCCGAGGCAGUAAAAUAAAGGUGGAAGAACAGGAAGAAUGCAGCAGCAUAAGCAAUGCAAGGAAGGAGCAGGAAAAUGAUGAUCUAAGUCCCCUAUCUGUGCUUGAACCAACCUCUCUAAGUGAGAGUUGCUGGUCUUCCGAGUGUUCAGGCAGCAGCAGUGGGGGUAAGGGCUAUUCAUCACUUUUUGAUGUUAAGAAUGCCCAAGGGAAUUUCUUGAUUAACCCAGCAUCAGUUGAUAUUGAGGCAAGGACAACAGACUCAGCCUCUUCCGCUUCAGUAGAUACAUCAGAUGUUUCAGAUGUCACCCAAUGUUCUAAAAGAUCAAGACACACAGAGCUGGAGUACAUUGCAGAUGUGCUAAGCAAUGUCAACUUGACAACAGAUGAACUGGGAUCACUCUUUGUCAAUCAGGAUAGAUCAGCUUUGGACCCCCUCCUCUUUGAGAAAAUGGAGAAUAUGCAUGUGUAUACACAAGGGAAGGAACCUUUUUGCCAUCGAGGGUACAGGCGGCUGUUGUUCGACUGCGUAAAUGAAUGCCUGGAGACAAGACGCACGACCUACUUCCAGGCAGGAUAUGCAGCGUGGAGCAAAGGAGCAGCAACGCUGAGCCGGGGCAUAGAGGCCGAAGUCUGCAAUGAGAUCACCAGCUGGAAGAGCAUGGGAGACUGGAUGGAGGAUGAGCUUGUCGACAAGGACAUGAGCAGUGGACUGGGCACAUGGGUCGAUUUCCGGGUGGAAGAGUUCGAGGCUGGUGAGGAGGUGGAGAGCCACAUACUGAGCUCACUGCUUGACGAGGUCAUCGGCGACAUGGUCCUGAGACGACGGCAGGAGUGCAAAGUUACUUCACUGGCACCAAUUGGUGCAGAAAUGGGUGCCACACGGGCUGGUGGCUUGAAGUCCAUGUAUUCUGAUGAGUUUUUCUCUCACAUCACCAGUGAUCCUGCUAUGGGCCAGGAAAAGCCUGUUUUCUUCAGUUUGAAUGCCAUCAUAAGCCACAUGAAGCCUGACCAGAAUAUGUGGCACCGUGCUUGCAAGACCUGCAACAAGAAAGGUGACUGA